AGACGUGGUAGGUUGUUGAGAAACUUCUAUAGGAAACAGUAGAGUCAUUCUGAGAGGUAAAUUCAGCAAACAGUGAAUCAAGUGUAUGUAAUCCUUCAAGUCUAUCCUGGAAGGCAGUUCUCCAAUUAUUUGGUGAAUAUGUUUUAUUUAUUAAGUUACUUUGAUUCUCCAUAGUUUAGUGGAAAUAAAUUGGAGGUUAGGACAUGAUGGGGCUGAAGGUAGCCAUAAAGAAUUGACAAAAAUUUACACCCUGAGGAAAAGGGACCUAAACUAAGGAAAAUCCAUGGUAUUACCUACAGGUGCCUACAGUCUUUUAAAGCAUGGAGCUUAAUGCUAUUUCAAUCAAAACUGUUUAUCUUAUUAUUGCCCUAUCUUUUUUCCAAAAAGCUAAAUUUUUGGUAAAUUUCUGGAUUUGGUUUGCUGCCACUUCAUUUAAAAUAAGUAAAGUGUUAUUCUAUGCCCUUAAGUCUUGAUCGUUUUUCGCCUUGUCUAUCCAAUAAAGUUCAUAAUUUGACUAGUUUUUUUUUUUUUUUGCUGUUGUUUUUUCUAGGCAGUCAAAUUUGAGGAUGUGUGGAGAUAAGAUAGAAAGUAGACAAAGAAUUAAAAUCUGCUUCAAUGUUCUCUUACAUAGGUACUUAUAAUGUUUCAUUUUUAAUUUAAAAACAGUAUUUUCCAUUGAUGAGAAUAUUUUAGGGAGUAGAAUAAGAUUUCUGAAUUAAUUUAAUAUGUGAAUGUAAUAUAGGACUUUUGAACCCAACAGCCAGGGAAAUAAUUUUUGAACAACUUUUUAGUGUUCAUUAUCAGGGACUGUGAAAUCUAUAGGGGAGAUUGUGACAGGCAUUUUUAAAAAUGAUAUAUGAGAUAUUAGAGUGGAAAAUAUCAGAAUGCAUCAGUCAAUGUAAGGUACAUGUCAUUUUGAGCAACUUUUCUUUUGGUUGUAGAUUUAUAUGUAAGAACCCAUGGUGUGGAUCACCAUCAAAGCAGUUUGAAUGCCACUGACUUGGUGUGAUGAUACUCAUUUCAAAGAACUUCCAACGCUUCUCCACUGUACAGCAAAAUUUGGCUUAAAGAACUUGGCUAUUCAUUUGCUUCAAUGUUCAGGAGCAACCUGGGCAUCUAAGAUGAAAAAUAUGGAGGGGUCAGAUCCAGCACAGAUUGCUGAAAGGCAUGGUCACAAAGAGCUGAAGAAAAUCUUUGAAGAUUUUUCAAUCCUAGAAAUUAGCAGAAAUAAUGAGCAAGAACAUGACUAUGAAGAGGCUGAAUAUUCUCCCACCACACAGAAUGCAGCAUUUCAUCACGGAAGUUGGCAGACUUGCAGGCUGGGUGCAGAAGGAGCUGAGGUGAAUGAAACAGAGGAAGAAAAUGAGAGUGAAUCUGAGCACAGCCCAACGGAGGUUGACAGUGAGAGUUCUGACAACCAGUAUGAUGACUUGUAUGUGUUCAUUCCCGGAGACGAUCCAGAGAAUAGUUCGCAGGAGCCACUCCUGAGCAGCAGACCCCCUCUCCCCCCACCACGGCCUAUAGCUGCUGCCGUCCAACCAGACAAACCUCAUGUGACGCUGCAAGCAGGAAUAACGCUGCAAGACCAAAUGGAAAGAAACAAAAAUUGGUAUGAUCCUGGUGGAAGACAAGAAAUACGAGAUGAACCCAAAGGAGAGGAAGAAAAAGAAGAUGAAAAGGAUCAGAAGGAGGAGGAAGACCCAUACACUUUCGCUGAGAUUAAUAACAGUGAAUAUGACAUAAUACUGGCCAAUAUGAGCAUAAAGAAAAAACUCGGAAGUCGAUCUUUCAUUAUAAACCGACCUCCUGCCCCUACUCCUCGGCCCACAAAUAUCCCUCCUAAAGAGGUAACUACACCUUAUAUAGCUCAAGUGUUCCAACAAAAGACAGCCAGAAAACAAUCUGGUAGUGACAAGUUCCAUGGUCCUUCUAGGAAACAAGAAAGAGCUCCAGUGGAGAGUCAAGUCUUUUCCACUCUAAAGGACUGCCUGGCUGCUGGGCAGGAAGAACUCAUCCUUCUACAAGAGAAUGUCAAGAAUGGAAAACUGUCUAUGGACGAAGCACUGGAGAAAUUUAAACACUGGCAGAUGGGAAAGAGUGGCCUGGAAAUGAUUCAGCAGGAAAAGUUACGUCAAUUACGAGAUUGCAUUAUUGGGAAAAGGCCAGAAGAAGAAAAUGUCUAUAAUAAACUCACCAUAGUGCACCAUCCAGGUGGUAAUGAAACUUCUCAAAAUGAAAAUAUUUUGUAUAGCACACCUUUCGGCAAUAAGCUUCCUACUCGACCCCAAGUUGAAAAAGAAUUUGGUUUCUCCAGCAGGAAAGAUUACUAAAGAAGGUUAUUAUAAAGAAACUCAAGAAUCUGCAAGCAUUGUGUUUUCUGGGUGAAGCAAGCUUGCACUUGGAUUGCCUGCACUCUCCAGGGCAAAUCCAUACUCUGAAAGCAGAAACGAGCCUCUGGAUUUUGAAAUUUGUUACUGCUGCAAUUUAAUUGGCAUUAUACCUGCUCCAGAUGAGUAUAUAAAAAUUAAAAUUGAAUUCCAUACAGCACUGGCACUCUUUGAAAAUUCUUAUAUUUUACAAUGCACUAGCCACUUCAGCAGCUAUUUUCCAUUUUGAAAAGUAAAGGAAAAUAAGAAUAGAGAAGUUAAAGGUUGCAUAUCAAAGUUACUGGCCUAUUGGAGGUACUAACCUUAAUAGUUUCCCCCUGCCAUCCUUAGAAUAGCCAAGAAAAUCAAAUUUGUUUAGUACAUAUUUGCCUGAUCCAUUUUCUAGAUUUCUCACUUUCAAAAUUCUAGUUAUUAUGGUCAUAUCAUGUGUGCAGACCUUCCCUAAUUUAGGGCCUAUUUUUAACUUUCUACAUCUCAAAUUAAUAUACAUUUCCACAACCUACAUUCUUCAUUAAAAGGCUUCCAAUGUCAUCAACCUAUUUCUUAGAAACAAUUUACUAGCCUAGAGUAGAAUGCAAUUUUAUCAGUCUAUGUUCUCCAUGUAAAAUUGCUACCAAUAAAUGUUUAACCCUACGUCUGACUUUGCAAAAUAAAUGUGUGAUAAUUAACCACUAAAUUCUUCUGGUUACCAGUUUAAAGAAAGAAGUCUACUAAAAAUUUUUCAAAGUAAACUCAAUUAAUUUCACUCUGUAGGUCCCAUAAAGUAAACACACCGGAUUUUUUUUUUUAGUGGCUUCUCAGAAGUGAUAGAAAUAUCUGUUUACAGUCAUUUUGCAAAAUCUUUCUCAUAGAUUUCUCAAAACUAUUAAUAUUUGACUUGUGGGAUUUUAUGUUAAAGUAAAGGAAUGCUCAAGUUUAUCAUGCAAGGUAGUCAUGGCAAAG